AUGUUGGAAGCACGACUCAAACAAGCUAAUAUCCUGAAAAGGGUCGUCGAGGCCAUCAAGGACCUCGUCCAGGACUGCAACUUUGACUGCAAUGACUCGGGCAUCGCCCUGCAGGCCAUGGACAACUCUCACGUGGCCCUCGUCUCCAUGAUGCUAAUGCGCGAUUCCUUCGAGCCCUACCGAUGCGACCGGAACAUUGCCCUCGGCGUGAACCUGACGUCCCUGACCAAAGUGUUGCGCGCCGCCCAGAACGAAGAUGUACUCACCAUCAAGGCCGAGGAUGCCCCCGACGUCCUGAACUUGAUGUUUGAGAGCAGCUCAAACGACAGAAUCAGCGAGUAUGACCUCAAACUCAUGGAUAUUGACCAGGAGCAUCUGGGCAUUCCGAACACUGAGUACGCUGCCACCAUUGAACUGCCCUCCGCCGAGUUUCGACGAAUCUGCACCGAUCUCGCUGCCAUGUCUGAGUCUGUCAGCAUCGAGGCCAGCAAGGACGGCAUCAAAUUUGCCUGCAACGGCGACAUUGGCAACGGUUCCGUCACCCUCCGAAGCACUACCAACACCGAUAAGCCCGAUAUGGAUAUCAAGAUUGACCUCGUCGAGCCCGUGUCCCUGACCUUUUCUCUCAAGUACCUCGUCAACUUUUGCAAGGCCGCCCCGCUGUCGCCCACGGUCAAGAUUUGCCUGUCGAGCGAGGUGCCCCUGUUGGUCGAGUACCUUGUAUCUGGUAGCAGUUAUCUGCGCUUCUACCUGGCGCCCAAGAUUGGCGAGGACGAGUAG